AUAAGCGGGGCACGGGGCCAGAGAGAAACAGCCCGCCUUCCUACAGGUCAGGCCGUUGUGGAGCCGGAAGUGUAGAUAAACCUCGUUUUGUUCUGGGCUCCCCUUUGGGCGGCGGAAAAGGGAGGCCGCGGAGGAUGCUGGGGAAUGAGGGGGGCGUGGCUUAGGCCAGACCUGCGCGGACGGUUCAGAGGCUCUUUUCGCGCGCCUUUGGAAAGAAGCCGCCGCAGAAGCGCUGCGGGCCCGCUGCCCGCCAUGGCUGAACGCCCAGAAGACUUAAACCUGCCCAACGCGGUCAUCACCCGCAUCAUCAAGGAAGCACUUCCUGACGGAGUAAACAUUUCCAAAGAAGCCCGGAGCGCCGUCUCACGAGCCGCCAGCGUUUUUGUGCUCUACGCCACAUCCUGCGCUAAUAAUUUUGCAAUGAAGGGAAAAAGGAAAACCCUGAACGCUGGAGAUGUCCUGUCAGCCAUGGAGGAAAUGGAGUUUCAAAGAUUUAUAACACCGUUAAAAGAAUCCUUAGAAGCUUACAGGCAAGAGCAGAAAGGCAAAAGGGGAGGUGCAGAGCUUAAGAAGAAAGACCAAGACAAGAAAGAGGACUCGGAAGACUCUGAGAAGAACCGGGAGGAGGAGAACAAUGAGGAGGAGGAGGAGGAAAGGAUGGAGGAGGAGGAGCAAAAUGAGGAGGAAGAGGAGGAGGAGGUGGAUAGCUGAGCCCACCCGGGGCAGCUUGCCCUGCCUCGGCUUCCUUCGGGUGGGAAGAAGCGCGCCCCUUGCAGCCGCUGGUUCCUGCGGUCCAAGUGACUUAAAGGGCACCUCAUUGAAGAAGCAACAGGCAGCCACUGCUGGGCGGAGCCCGACCCAUUCCUCAUCCACCCAUCCCGGACUGGAACAAACCCUCUGUGCAAAGGAAUCCAUUUCUGAACAGAAAGGGACUUGGGUGGUUCAUUAAAUGUAGAAUGGCAUUUGGGGGAGGGACGGGGAAGCCUCAAGGCCGAACCAGCUGAGUUUGGUGUAAAUAUAUAUAUUUUUAAUGGCGAAUUUCUACUGUUGGCUUUGCCUGGUUAGGUUCCGAGACGCGCUGUGAAAUGAAGCGGUGAUCAGGCAGGGCUUGGGCAAAAUCAGAGAGGGGGGAGGUCACUCCUUUUUGGUUUCUCCUCCCUCACACCCCAACAACAAACACCCCCAUUCCCUUCUCUCUGAUCUGAGGAUGCUGUUUUGGUUUUGCUCCAAGCUCCUGUUUUCCCACUGCUCUGGUGAUCUCUCUGCGGGUCAGGACGUAGAGCUACUCAGCUUCUGUCGGCUCUUUUCUCCGCUGUUUUCUCUCUUGGUUUGACAGAACUCCAUUAAAGAUAACAUUGCAAAGUU